AUGGCUUCUCUCCAGGACCCUCUGCCUGAAGAUCAUGCUGCAAGAGAGCCCGUGGAAGAUACAGAUCCAAGCACUUUUCCAUUAGAAAUGAGAGAAAAGUAUCCUGUCCAAGAUACACGGCUACCUAAAGAUGAGGAGUACCUAACAGAUAAAGUUACAUUGGAAAUAGCAUCUAUUAACAUCAGGAGUCUUACAUCAGAUUCUGGCCUAAUACAACAGCCAGAAGAGAGUGAUAGUCAAAACAAUACUGGAGAAUCACUUUCAGAUAUGAGGAGCUCCUGCAAAGAAAAUGGCACCUGCUCCUUAUGUUUGUGUCAUGCUCCAACCAUCAGCGACUUGCUCAAUGACGAGGACUUGUUGUACACAAUGAGGAUAAAGCUGGAUCCAUGCCACCCUACAGUAAAAAACUGGAGAAAUUUUGCAAGCAAAUGGGGAAUGACCUAUGAUGAAUUGUGUUUCCUGGAACAGAAACAACAAAGCCCUACGUUGGAAUUUUUGUUGCGGAACAGUGACAGGACUGUGGAACAAUUGAUUGAUCUGUGUAAAUUAUAUCAAAGAAUUGAUGUUGUGAAAGUGCUGCUGAAGUGGGUGGAGGAAGAAUGGCCAAAGAGAGGGAAUGGAACCUAUCAGAAUCACUUCUAG